AUCUUCUCCCUUACUCUCCCUGAGCAGAGCCCUUCCACGUGGCAUCUGGAAGCGGGGGCGCUUUGGUGUCUUUGUUUUUAGGCUGUUACUGGGGUUAUUUGGGGUACUGAUUCAGAAAAUUGCAUUGGAUAGACCACUCAGCUCUAGAUUAUUAAAUAUGGUUUUCAGUGGGCAAGCAGAUGGAGGGUACUGGAUGGCAUAUGUUCUGUGUCAGAAACUAGAGCUGGUGUGGUCUUGUCGCACCUCAGAAUAGUUCACCUUGCUAUUGACACCAAGUCACACACAGAAGGUAGUCUUUUGUAGUUUUAUUGAGCAAAAGCAAAUACAGUAGAAUCUCACUUAUCCAAGCCUCGCUUAUCCAAGCCUCUGGAUUAUCCAAGCCAUUUUUGUAGUCAAUGUUUUCAAUAUAUCAUGAUAUUUUGGUGCUAAAUUCAUAAAUACAGUAAUUACAACAUAACAUUGCUGCGUAUUGAACUACUUUCUCUGUCAAAUUUGUUGUAUAACAUAAUGUUUUGGUGCUUAAUUUGUAAAAUCAUAACCUAAUUUGAUGUUUAAUAGGCUUUUCCUUAAUCCCUCCUUAUUAUCCAAGAUAUUCGCUUAUCCAAGCUUCUGCCGGCCCGUUUAGCUUGGAUAAGUGAGACUCUACUGUAUAUAUAAAUCAAAGCAGGCAGAUAUAAGGUUUCCAAAGUUGUUGUGAAAGAGUCAAUAAAAUCCAAUAGUUCAUAAGCCAAACAGGAUUCAGUAAAUCCGAUAAUCCAUAGGCAAAACAGUAGUCAAUAAAUCCAAAAGAACAAAAGCCCAAAGGUUACAAAAGAUCCAGGAACAGGAGAAUCUCUAAGGCAGGAAGCAUGAACAUCCACUCAGAUGAAGCGAGAAUUUGCUUUGACAAAGAUCUGCCUCAAAACACACAGUUUUAAAAGCAACCCAAAAAUGCAUUUCUUUUUCCUUCAGAGGCCUCUCGCUUUCCAGCCAAUCUCAAACUACGACGAGGCUGAGACAUACCUUUCCAUUGCAAGCGAUCUGCCCUAGAUAGUGAUGGCACUCCUUCUAGGCCUUCUACCUCAUUAACUUGCACCUGAACUUAACUGGGAGCCUGUUGCCCGUGGCUGUUGGUGGGAUGAUCAGUCCACUCUGGGUUUCAGUGCCAACUUUAAAGGAGCUAUCCAAGGUACUCCACUUCCCUUGGGCAUAGGAUUUGCACCUCGGUUAGCUCUUUAUAGUCUAGUGCCAAAUCACUGCCCUGCCGUCGGGAAAGUUAGAAGCCACUACUGCAUUAUGCAUUGCUUUUUUAAAUUCAUUAUAUUUCAGAAUUAUUCCUAAUGGUAGAAGCAAGAGGUUUUGCCAUUUGUUCAAAGCUCCUAGCCAUUAUAGUUAAGAACCAUUGGGAAAAGGCAAACAGGAAGGGCAAAAGAGAACAUCUGUGCAAAACAUUUGCUUAAAUGGAGUUGAUUAAAGGCUUGCCAUUUCCUACAUUUUUGAGUGUGUGAGAGCAGGAAUUUGGCUAAUGACUUACUGUAUAUACUCGAUUAUAAGCCAACCCGAAUAUAAGCUGAGGCACCUAAUUUUAUCACAAAAGAACUGGGAAAACAUUGACUCCAGUAUAAGACGAGAGUGGAAAAUUUCAGAAAUAAAAAUAGAUACCAAUAAAAUUACAUUAAUUGAAGCAUCAGUAGGUUAAAUGUUUUUGAAUUUUACAUAAAGCUCAAAUUUAAGAUAAGACUGUCCAACUCUGAUCAAAUCAUUAUUCUCAUCUUCUUCAAUGUAAAUGUGCUUAUGUAUCCUUUUAAUAACAGGGAAAUAAUACAUGUAAUAAUAAAUAGAGUAAAAUAAUAAAUGCAAUAAUAAUAAGAAGAAGAUCAGAGUUAAAUAAUAAAUGUAAUAAUAAUAAUAAUAAUAAUAAUAAUAAUAAUAGAGUAAAAUAAAUGUAAUAGUAGCAACAAUAAUAGAGAAAAAUAAUAAAUGUAAUAAUACCAAUAAUAAUAGAGAAAAAUAAUAAAUGUACCAUAUAUUCUCGAGUAUAAGCUGACCCAAAUAUAAGCCAACUAGGACCCUCACCUGAGUAUAAGCCGAGGGGGGCUUUUUCAGUCUUAAAAAAAAGAGCUGAAAAACUAGGCUUAUACUUGAGUAUAUACAGUAUAUCUAUCCAAGUCUCUGAAGCCCCCACAUCUCCAAUGUUACAAAACUUCUAUUGAUGGCUGUAUUUAUUUUCUAAAAUACUAUUUGAAAAACACAGCUAAAAUGAUAGCGAACCUCUAAUCUUGUCUAACAAAGGGCCACUCAGGGGUUGGUGUGCUUGUUUUUGUUUCUUUGGGAUCUAGAAAAUGUUUAAAAUUAUAAUAUCUGGGGUUUCUUUUAUAGAAAGGGGUUUUUUACAUUUUGGAUUUUGUCUUUCAAUUGUCUUUGCCUCCCUUUGAGGCUGAGAGUGUGUGACUUGACCAAGAUCACCCAGUGAGUUUCCAUGACUGUGUGAGGAGUUUGAACUUUGAUAUCCAGGGACAUCGUCCAACAUUUGAAUUACACCACAUGCCAUACACAUGGCAUUGUAUCAAAGUGUUCUAGCAGAUUUGAAGCUAUUUUAACUGUCAAACCGUUUAACAUCUAUAUAUAUAUAAAAGAGUGAUGGAAUCCUGGCACCAAGCAAAACAACAAAACUAAACACCCCCCAACCUCAAAAUUUCACAACACAAUCCAUCAUCCAUGCCUGGAGGUUGAAACCACAAAAUAUCAUGUCACAAACCUCUACAGGGCCUAAAAAAACUCCAAAAACCAGAGCUAUUCAGUGCAAUUACAAUGGGCCACAGCAAUGCGUGGCAGGGCACAGCUAGUUAAUUAUUAAAAUCCAAAUAUGUUUUGAAGCCACUUACAUUAUUCCUCUUAGAUUUAAAAGUUGUUUCAAAUUGAUUUUAUCUUUAUAAAUAUUGUAACAGAUAGAUAUAGAAGCAUCCCUAUCCAUGUUAUUAUGGACCAUUCAUAAUGUCAUAGGUCUCUCAACACUUUAGUGAUACGGACCCUGAAUUUGGUUUUGCGGUAGUUUCAUUAUGAAAGAAAAAACACUCCUCGCCGUUGACAAAAAAAACACUCGUCUAACAGUUAGUUAUCAAGGAGUCCCUGCAGAGGAACAGAUGCAUCUUUCCUUCCGUCUCCACUUAAGGCUGCCAGUCUGGUAUUGCAAUUGCACUCCAGCAUCAAAGCAAUAGUCGCCAGCAGAUUUCUGCAAAUGGAAAAAUACUGGGCAGUCUAGCGCUCCAUGAAUUUCAAAUAUUAUCAGGUUUCAAUAUAUCCCAUUUUUUUAAAAAAUGCCAGGGGAACAUUCCAGUGUGGGAUGGAGGUGGUCAUGAUGAUCAGGACAAUAGAGUCAGAAGAGACCACAAGGGCCAUCCAAUCCAGAAUGAGAAAAAGAACUGGAGAUGGGGUCAAAAGCAUCAAGCGUCUGAUGGGAUUUAUUAAAACAAAUGAUGUACAAUGUUCCUUCGCUACUUUGUGGUUCAUUUUUCGUGGUCUUGCUGUUUUGCAGUUUUUCUUGGAUGCUUCUGGGACAUGACCAUGCAGCCUGGAAAACUCACAGUGGUAUCUAUCUAUCAAACUGUAACCAAUCAAACAACACAAAGCAACUUGCGGAAGACUAGGCCGCAGCCGUGGCACCUGUCAGUUUCCUUUUCACACAUGUGCUCUCACCCUGCCCCUUCUUCCAAGUCCUUGUUAGGGAUUCAGAAGAGGAAGGGGAGCAGGAAAGUGUUCAUGAAUUUGAGGGUGAGUUGGUAUCUGAGGAGGAGAUUUUGCAAGUACCCACAUUUCAGGAGAGGCAAAAGGAAACAGAGCAGAGACGUCGUUCAGCUAGAAUAGCUGCCAGAAAUGCAGCUGAGUAAUUAGAAAUUGUCCUAGCAGCUAUGAGGGGACUCAGGGCUAUAAAGCAGAAGCAGGUGCAGCCAGUCUUGCUGGUAACAAACUGACUCUUUGUUUCCCUUGUGCCUGCUUCAAGUCUGCAUCUGGGAAACUGCUCCUAAGGAUUUAUUGCUGUUUCUUUGUCUGAAGUAAGACUGCUAUUUGAUUUGGAAAUUUAACAGAGACUAAGAACUGUGUUUACUAGGCUUGAUCGAUCCAUGAAAAAUUUGAUUCUAAACUCGUUUCAAAACUAGAGGGGGCAGUUUUUCGUUUUUGUUGCUAAUAACGAAUUUGGCCCCCAAAAUUUUUCGAAAUUAACGAAAAUUCGUUAUUUUCUAAAUUAAUUCGUUAAUGGCGGACGCGCAUGCGCGGUGGCCCAAAAACAGCCCGAAGGGGGGGGACUUAGGGGGCUCUCCCGCCCUCAUUUUUUGAGUGAUCUUCUUCAAACUUGGUACAGUGGUAGAACACAUUUAACACUGAUAGCUCACCAAAAUGUGGAACGUUUCCCUUAUCCUCUGAUUUUUGGCGAAUUUUCAUAGCUUUUAUAAUAAACCAUUUUUUAAUAAUUGCAGAAAUCUGUUCCUGGUUUGAAAGUCUUAUUUCCUGUUAAAUUGGGUUGUCUUUACUGUGAAAGUCAUUGUUCUACUUCAGAAACUUUGUUUUUGUGGCUGAAACUUUGUUAAAUUGGUGUGUGUGUGAUAUAUAUUGUGUAUAUAUAUAUAUAUAUAUAGUCCCUGCUUUUGUGUGUGUGUGCGUGUGUGUGUGUGUGUGUGUGUGUGUGUGUGUGUGUGUAGGUAAAGGUAAAGGUAUCCCUUGACGUUAAGUUCAGUCAUGUCUGACUCUGGGGGUUGGUGCUCAUCUCCAUUUCUAAGCCCAAGAGCCAGUGUUGUCCAUAGACACCUCCAAGGUCAUGUGGCCGGCAUGACUACAUGGAGUGCCAUUACCUUCCCAGAAACACCCAGAAAAUGGGAAUUCCAGACAGGAAACAAUCAGGGCCAGCUAAUACCUCCCAACAAAGGAUUCCCCCAGGUAGGAAGCAGCCAGGCUUUGAAGCUGCAAGGCUAUUCAAUGCUAAUCAAGGUGACCAAUUGCAACAUUCACACUUGCCUCCCACAGACAAGAGUUCUUUCUCCCACCCUGGACCUUCCACAGAUAUAUAAACCCCACUUGCCUAGCUUCGCACAGACGUCAAAACCUGUAUGUCUGCCACAGAUGUGGGUGAAACGUCAGGAGAGAAUGCUUCUGGCACAUGGCCAUAGAGCCCGGAAUACAUACCACAACAGUGUGAUCCCGGCCAUGAAAGCUUUCGACAACACAACCACAGUAUCCAUUCAAGUUCAUGUAGCGUGGUAUGGACUGGAGACCUGUAUUGGGGGGAGGGAGGGUGCGAAUCUGGGCCCCUGGGAGCAGCCGAGGACGGGCCUGGCCCACACCCCCUCGCAUCCCGGGCCUCUUCCUCCUCACCGCCGGGCCCCUCUCGGUCUCUCCAGGCCUGAGCUGAGGCGAGGCGGCGGCGGCGGCGGCCAUUUCCCCCCUCCGUCUUCCUCCUCCUCCUCGGCCUCCUUCCCCCUCGCCCCCUCCCAUUGGCUGAGCCUCCCAUUGGCUGAGGGGCAAAAGGAAAGGAGUUUGGGUGAUUUGCAAAAGCUUUUUUUUCCUAACGAAAAAAACGAAGAAAUAAGAAAAAACGGCCUCUCGCGAUUCGAAACCGUGAUAUCCAGACGUGUGGACAACCAAGGUUCGAUAUUGCUUCAAAAAAACCGAAAAUAACGAAUUAAUAACGGGUAACGGGAAAAUCGAAUUAUUUGAGCAAGCCUAGUGUUUACCCUAAGACUUCCUUACUUCCUUUUGCAUUAUUCCACUGAGUGUGCUGUACUUUAUGUUUUGUUGAAGUAAAGCAGUUUUCAUUUACUUACCACAGUGUUUUAAGGAUGUUCUUGAAAGAUAAAACAGGACAGUCCUCCACGUUUCCAGGCGUGCCCCUUGUGCCACACCAUGGAGUGGCCCGGAUGGAGCAGCAUUCCUUCUUCCCUGUCUGCAGGAGCAAAGGCAGCCAGAGCAACAUGGUGAGCAUGGAGCAAGGGAGUAGCCCUCAGGAAAAGCAGGAACUUCACUGGCUCCCCAGGACGGGCGAGUUAAUGCCAGGGCCCAAGGUUCGGGAAUCCUGGGAGUUGGGGGUUUACAGCCUUCUCUGCCAAAUUGCUGGGGCCCGCCUCACCAAACUAAACUACACAUAACAAGCAGCAAAAGGCCUGGAUCUGCCUGAAAGAGGCGGCUUCAUAAACAGUGUUGCAAACUAUGCAAAACGGCCCACGAGCCUCCCUAUAUAACUACUAAAAUAAUGCAUAAAUAUUAAAAUAAAUAUAGCAUCCUGUAACACCCCUAGGCUGCGUGAGCACUGGAAACCAACACGGAGGCCAAUAAACAAUCUAAUAUCUUUAUUAAUGCAAUAAAAGAAUAAAACAAAAGUAUGCAGAGUAUAUAGUCAAGCAAUUGUCCUUUUAGGAAAGAUCAAAAAUAGUCCAAAUAAACGAAGUUAUAUGUCCAGUAUUAGAGUCCAAAGUCUAUAAUCCAACAACCGAAACACACUCAAACUCUUUGGAAGUUUGAGUGGGGAAAGAUCAAGGAUUCCCAGGGAGAUUCUUGAAGUAAAGUCCAGACAAGGAUUUGAGACUAGGCAAGGUAAUUCGUGGUGGAUCUGAAACGCAGUCCAAACUUGACAAGGAGUGGGAGGCAACUCCCGGUCUACUUGUGAGUAAACGCACCGGAGGGCCGCUUGGAAGCUCAGGAAGAAGAGACGAUGUUCUUCUAUGAAUAGUCACGUUGACACCGCAAUAGGGAAAGCUCAGUGCAGAACUUUUAUGGAAGUUCAAGAACUCCCCCCAAGCAGGUGUUUGACUCCCAAAAUGUUCUCAGAGAACGGAGCUGUUUCAACAUCAUACCAGAUGCCUGCCUCCACGAAACUUCCCAAGGGAAUCGGUUUAGUCACAAUCGUCUCUCUCCGCUAAUCUCGUGCUUUGCCUUAAAAACUGCUUUUGGGAGUGAUGUGUUUUGAGAAAAGCCUUCCUAUCAAACACCAAGCUUUCCGGAGAAACAGGCUCUGUUUCAAGGGCGUCCCUAAUUGGCUCUGGCACGAAAAUGUCAACAGGAGACAUCUGGAAUGGAACAUAAUCUUGCUGAGAUGGGAAAAAGCCCAAAUCCUCUUCAGUUUGAUCUAUGAUGGCUGCGGGGUCAUGGGCCAAAGGUCCCUGAGACAUCACAUAUCCCUAUUUGGCGGAUUUUUACUUUUUGCGGGUGGUCCUGGAGCAUAACUCCCGCGAUAAGUGAGGGAACACUGUAUUUUAAAAUGCAACGGGACAAUACUCUGUGCUAAGAAGACAUUCCCCCCUGCUUUCUGCAACUCAACUAAAAACAUAUACCGGUAAAUCAAAUGGAUCUAAUUUACUUAUGUUUUAAUUUUUAUAAUGUAUUUUAAUGAUGUAUUUUUAUAGUUUUAAUUGAUUAUAUGUACUGUUUUUUGUUUUAUUAUUAUGUUCUUGGCAUUAAAUGUUGCCAACUGUGUAAGCCGCCCUGAGUCCCCCCGGGUGAGAAGGGCGGGGUAUAAAUUCUGGAAAUAAAUAAAUAAAUAAAUAAAUCAAGCCAAAUCUGGCUUGAAAUCCAUUGUGCCUGGUAUGUCAAUCUAUUUGGUUUGUUUUGAACGCAUUACUGCAUUUCGACCAAUGUUGAUUAUAAUUCUGUUUCUUCCACAUUCACCUCCAUUUAUUUUUUAUCAGACAGCAUCCAGGGGGCAGAACAAUUGGCAAUUUGGCAGAACAAUCUCGGGCACACGAUCCCCCCAAAGAACAGAGCAUACGUUAUUUGCCUCCUGCCGUACGCUGUGAUUUCACUACUCAUAAUAAACAAAAUUAGAGAUUUCCUUCCAAAGAGAAUAACCUUUGGCGACCUCCUAGGAAGUUAUUGUGUAUGAUUUUAAUGAUUUGGUCAUUAAGGAAGCAUUAAUUAGGUUAGCACCACGGGGACCAGGAAAUGCAAAGAUGCAGCAGGAGGGAGAGAUUUCAGGCAGGUUUUGCAGGCAUGAAAAAGCUGGUAAGUGGGAGGGAGGGGAAAUUAAUAGUUUGAGGGCAAUUGCUGCCUUUCUUGUUUCUUCAAGAGAAUAAACAUGCCCGCGGACAUCUAAAAGGAAAAAGUGGCAGAGCUUAGAAAUGUUUGGCCCAUGACUGUGGUUCAGAAAUGGAGAAAUGAAUGACUACUUGGACACGGAAGGCAGAGAAGGUGUGCCAAAAUCAGACACUGACGCAAAGAGAGAUUGUUUUAUCUACUUGUGAACCAAUCGGGCACUAUGAGUGUAUUGUUUGUAUAUUUUUAAACACUGAAAUAGUUAAAGAUCUUCCAUACUUUGAGUCAUUAAUCAGAAUGGAACCUGAACUCAAGAAAUCAGAAGAAGGCUAGGACUUGGAAGGGCAUCUCUGAAGGAAUUAGACAAGGGUUCUCAAAUGUAAAGACACUAGUGUUUUGUUUUUGUAUGGAAUUGCUGUUCAUUUUGUGUAGCUUCAUUCGUUUUGUCUCAUUUUCAUAUUUGUUCCCGCUAAUGAAAAUGGAGCGCCUAUGCGAACAGAAUUUUGUCUGGCUUACGAAAAAACAAACAUUUUCAGACCAUUGGCUGCAAUGGUAGGGCUUUCGAGGUUCACCCCCCUCGGUUUUUUGGGCUAGAAGAAUGAAAAUUGCCACAAACAUAGGGCAUUUUGAUCUCUUUUAGCCCACCAACUUUUGAAAUGUUUGGGUCUUCCCCAGAGCACUAUUGUUAUUAAUAAUAAUAUUAUUAUUAUUAACACCCAUUGGCACAAAUCAGCUGUCAUGGGGAGGCACUCCUCUCUCAGAUUCAGCUUACGAUCUCAUAAUAACUCCUAUUAUUAUUAUUAUUAUUAUUAUUAUUAUUAUUAUUAUUAUUAUUAUUAACACCCAUUGGCACACAUCAGCUGAUGAGGAGGCACUCCUCUCUCAGACUCAGCUUAGGAUCCUAGAAUAACUCCUUGUUGUUAUUAUUAUUAUUAUUAUUAUUAUUAAACACCCAUUGGCACACAUCAGCUGAUGGGGAGGCACUCCUCUCUCAGACUCAGCUUAGGAUCUCAGAAUAACUCCUUGUUGUUGUUGUUGUUGUUGUUAUUAUUAUUAUUAUUAUUAUUAUUAUUAACACCCAUUGGCACACAUCAGCUAAUGGGGAGGCACUCCUCUCUCAGACUCAGCUAAGGGUCCCAGAAUAACUCCUUGUUGUUGUUGUUGUUGUUGUUGUUGUUGUUAUUAUUAUUAUUAUUAUUAUUAUUAUUAUUAUUAUUCUCAUCACCCAUUGGCACACAUCAGCUGUCAUGGGGAGGCACUCCUCUCUCAGACUCAGCUUAGGAUCCCAGAAUAACUAUUGUUAUUAAUAUUAAAAUUAUUAUUACGGGCCAAAACGAAAGGAAAAAAAAAAGCAAGCAUGAUGACUGUGUGGCUUUCAUUUUCGUGUUGCCUCUCAUUUCCUGCGAAAAUUUCAUUAUUAGUUUUGUAUAGACAAACGGUCAAAACGAAAAGAUAGCACAAAGGAAACAAAGGAAAAAAUUUCGUGCACAUCUCUAAAAGAUACAUCCGUUGACUACUAAAGCCAAGAUUUGCCAUACAUUUUCGAUUUCCAUGUAUGAUUGUGAUAACAUGACAGUGAAGAAAGCUGAUAGGAAGAAAACCAUUUGAAAUAUGGCAUUGGGAGAAAGUUCUAUAAUGCUAUGGACUGCUAAAAGGUCCUAGAGCAAAGCAAAUCUGCACUCUCCGUAGAAGCAAAGAUGGCUCAACUGAGAUUGUUGUGGUUUGGACAUAUCGUAAGAGGGCACAAGUCAUGAAGAAAACAAUAAUACUGUUUCUGUGAGUUUUCUAGGCUGUCUGGCCAUGUUCCAGAAGCAUUCUCUCCUGACUUUUCACCCAUAUCUAUGGCAGGCAUCCUCAGAGGUUGUGAGGUCUGUUGGAAACUAGACACGUGGGGUUAUUAUAUUCUAUUAUAUAUUAUAUAUUAUUUUCCACAGAUAUUAUAUCUGUGGAAAAAUGUCCAGGGUGGGAGAAAGAACUUCUGUUUGAGGCCAGUGUGAAUGUUGCAAUUGGCCAGCUUGAUCAACAUUUAAUGGCUUUGCAGCUUCAAGGCUUGGCUAAUUCCUGCCUGGUGGAAUCCUUUGUUGGGAGGUGUUAUCUGGCUUUGAUUGUUUCUUGUCUGGAAUUCCCAUGUUUUCUGAAUGUUGUUCAGCUGGACAUUAUUCCACAGGGAUAUAGAUAAACCCCACUUGCUAGUUUCCAAUAGACCUCACAACCUCUGAAGAUGCUUGCCAUAUUAUAUUUUACGACUAUAUUGCAAUAUUAUUAGUUAUAUUGCAUGUAAUAUAAAUAUACAAUUAUAAUAGUGAAUUAUAACUAUUACAUUGUAUUACAUCAUGAUAUUAUUAUUAAUAUUACAUGUAAUGUUGCUACUGUAAGUUCAUUUUAUGCCAUUCUGUCUUUAUUUGUAGUCAGUUUGUUAGUAACCAAUGUUUUUCUAGUUAAUGUUUUCAAAUACAUUACAAUGUUUUGGUGCUAAGUGUGUAAAUACAGUCAUUACUACAUAACGUUACCAUGUAUUGAACUGCUUUUUCUGUUAGUUUGUUGUAAAACACGAUGUUUUGGUGCUUAAUUUGUGAAACCAUAAUGUAAUUUGACAUUUAAUAGGCUUUUCCUUGAUUCCUCCUUAUUAUCCAAUAUUUUAGCUUAUCCAACGUUCUGGCAGCCUGUUUAUGUUGGAUAAGCAAGACUCUACUGUAUUGGCCAUGAUGUUUGUAACAUUGUUCUGUAUUGCUGCCGUACCCCAGUGCAUUCUCCCUUAAGAAAUACAGGAACCGCAAGGGAUCGACGCCGUGCUCCACCUGUUUGCCCUGCUUCUUA